AGUGAUGCCGAAACUGGACAUCACGGCGGCGACCAUGUAUGUUGUCCUCUCGGAUCCCUUUCGGACCAGCAUCUCCGCUACAUGUGUGUGUAUCAAGAUCUGGGUGUCCCUACCUCCUCCAUAACGGUUUCAUUCGGGGAUCUUGUUUCUUUUACUCCAACAUGAAACAAACUGUGAAUUUGGAUUUCUUCUGAGUUCCGACCAUCUAAUGGUGGCGAAGCGAAGGUGAAAAUAAUAGUGCGGGGUUGGAGAUGCGGAGUGAGGAGUGGAACAAACGAAAGGGUUUGGCUGUUAGGCCGGAGAAUAGGCCUACCGCCAUGGAACCAGAUGCGGGGAAUGGUGACGGAACUGACGGCCUGCCUAAAUCCUUUGCCCUGAUAGGCUGUGCUAUUGGAAGCGCGCGAACUUGCAUUUCUUCAAGUUCGUCGCAAAAUAGUUCCGUAAUGGCUAUAUCUGCUUCAUCACCUACUCCCCCCAUAACUUGGUCCUUGCUUUCUCCCUUACGCCCCACUUCCUCUUGCUCCUUAAUUUUCCUUCCAUUCGCUCCCACUUCCUUCAAAACGGCUCCUCCACCUAACGAGAGCUCUGAGAGAGUGGCAAGAGUACGAGGAGGCAGUGAAGCGCAAGGACCCUCCUAGAGCCCUUAGGUUCUUGAAAUCAAUUGAGAAAGACAAUCGUGAUCCAGUUGAGGAGAAGCUCUUUUUCUAUGGAGUCGCUUCGGUUUGUUGGUGGGUAGUGCUUAUGGAUUUCUAAAGGACCGAGGGUUCUUGCCCAAUUUUGCAAAG